GUGGAAUGCUUCAGAUCAGGACUCAAUAUUCUUUCACAGAAAAUUAUAUAAAUAUCCAUAUUUACUUGAGUUUAAUGCAUCAUUGAAUCUAAUGAACACCUCAGUUUUCAAAACCCUAAAAAAUAAAAAAAGUAUUUACCAUAUUGUACAAAUCUAAUGUGAACCCUAAUUUUAGAAAGGUAAUUUAGUUAAAGAAGUGAGCAUUAGAAUCGAGUAAAUUGGUAAAUAGGUGAAAAUGAUAAUUUCUUUAUAUAAGGAUUGCUAAUAUAUUUUAAUUUGAUAUGCACUGAAUCAUUAGAAAACAAAGUUGUCACUUUCUCAGCCACUCAUGUGGACAAUUUUGGAAUCUUUCAGAAUUCUGGAUAAGGGAUGCUCAACCUAUCUCAGGUCAUAUACUUUUGGACCUUGAGAAGUUGCAAGGACAUAUGCCUGUAAUUGAACUCUGUAUAUUAUUAUUAUUAUCAGCAUCCUAUAUUUUCUCUCUAAAAAAGAGACUCUAAGUGACUCACAAUAAAACAAAUACAAUAUACUUAAAACCUAAACAUAUACAAACAUUAAAAUAGAAUUAAACAUGAACGUUAUUUAAAAAUAAACAGUUGCAACCCUUAAAACCAAUUAAAAACCUAUUCAUAGCUUAAACCACAGUCAUUCUCUGAUGAUAAACAUCAGCACCCAUAAAAACUGAAAUGUUUGUUAAAAUAUAAGCAGAAACCACUAUGUACAAUUUAAAUUGUUCACACUCAUACCAAAUAUAAAAAGUAUUUAUUGAUCUGACAACGCUAUCCCAAAAAAUCUGUGUGGGAGGAUGUUAUAAAAAUUCAUUUUCCUUCUCUGUGCAGCAUAUUAGUUGAAUGGGAAUGCCAUGGUAAUGUGAAACAUAGAUUAUAGCUUAUCCAUAGCAAGGCAAGCUUUAGCACAUAUCCUGCAGCUAAAUUGAUAAGAUUGAGAUGACGCAUGCCUUAGUCCUUUUCUUUACAAUGAUUUAGCACUACAGCCAUGCUUUUCAUCUGAAGAAAAAAUGGAAAACAUUUAAUUUCUUUUUGAUUAAUGUUGUGAUGGAGCCUUCGAGUAGAGAUACUACUAGUUGUGUUAGAAGAGGCAGGAAGACUGCUCGUGAGCAAGACUCCGGUGAGGAGCAACAAAGGAAGAGAAUCCAGGAAAUACUUAUGGAACCCACUUUAUGAUGAAUCUUUUGAGGGUUUUGAAGGGGAUUAUGGGGCUGGGAGUCAGGAGGAUGGGAUAUCGGACUCUGGGAGUGAAGUGAUGGAUUGGACUAGGGUUCAAGAAAUCCGGGAUGCUUUUGAGGAACCCACAAGCAGUGGUACAUUUGAGGGAUGGCACAGCGAAGAUACAGCUGGAUCUCAGGGAGUUAUGGGUUUGGAUAGAAGGUGGACUGGCUGGAGAGAUCAUAGAAGGGCAGCAGCUGGAGGAGGGAUUGGUGGGGCAUUGGCUGACUCCAGCUCCGAUGAGGAUUUGCAGCAACAAGGUUCAGCUGUAGAUAGGGCGUUAGCUGGCUCAAGCUCAGAGGAGGACUUGUAAAUAAAAGUAAGUUUGUUGCUAAUGUAACCUUGCAAUCGGCAAGGUGUUUGUUGGGCGCUUUCGGGAUCUCUGUUUCAGAAGAUGUGUUUGGAAGACUGCUUUGGGACAUGUUAACCUGGGUUUUUUAGUGGCAAUGGGGGCUGGCAUUGUGUGGGUUUGCGCUGAAUUGUCCUGUGUUGGUUUUAUGCAUUAGUUGCCGGCUUGCCUCCAUCGCUUUGGCUCUUUGUGAUUGACCUUGGACUGGAAUUCAGUGAUUGGGACUUCUCCUUAACGACGUGGAUUGGAACUCGAUGCCUGUGACUUCUCCCUAACGACGCGAACUGGACACGGCGGCUGUGACUUUUCCUUUAUGACGCGGAUUGGCUUCAAGGACGUUUUGGGGCACGGUGUGGCCGCUGGUUGCUGCGGGUUGUUGCUGGUUGCUUUCCUGUGUUUGCUAAGCUCCAACAACUAGGUGGAGCGAGUUUCCAGCCGUUUCGGCGUAGUUUGUUUUAAUCCGGAUUAUUUUCCAGGAUAAUCCGGAUUAUAUCCCAAGUUGAGGUUUUUUGAGUUCUUUUUGGACAUUGUUAUUUCACACAGAAGAGAAAGUGUUUUGAGCCCUUUUUGGUUACUUUCUAGGCUCUUUUGUGUUGUUUUGCAAUAAACUGAGUUUUUUAUAUUGGCUGGCAUCUGACUCGUAACAAUCGACUUUGAAUUUCAGACUACCAUGUGAUAAUUCUGCUCAUGUAAGCAACUGCCACACCAUAACAUUUAUGUAUAUGCAGCAUAUAUAAUAGGAAACUGAAUUAAGAGCCCAUCCCCAAAACCGGGACCUUUCUCAUACAAUCCUGUUUCUGAAUCCAGUUUAUCUGUUUUUAACUGUAUUCCACCUCCCUGGCCCGAAGACUAGAGAAGAAUGCUCAGGACUGGCCCUGAUUUCUGGAAACCCUGCUUGCAAAAGCAGCAAGCCUUUCCCUCUUUCCUUUGAAAAUUAAAUGGAUUUGCUAAAGGUAUUUCCGUGUGCUUUGAUAAGCGACUGCUGGUGGUAAAUAUUGCAUCAUGCUUUGGGUGUGUGUGCUGUGUAAACAGGCUUCAGAUGGAAGAACAGCUGGUUUUUCUAGUUGCUAAAUUGCAUAGAGCUCUUUGCAGCAAUCUAGUGUCGAUGGAUUAGAAGAAGCAGUUAAAUUCUGGACAUGGUAAUCGGAGUGAAAAGAUGUGAAGAAAUCAUUAACACAAAGGUCAUCUAUCAAUAAGAAACUGAAGCAUGUUCAAGAUCUGGAGCAAAAUUGCAGUGGAUACUGAAGUCAUCAAAAUUAUAGGGUUUUUGUUCUGGUAUUGGUCUUAGAUGUACAGGUUGGCUCCUGCCAGGAGAUAUUUUCACUUUUUAAUGGCUGGUUACAUGCAAUGAUGUGUCUUUAAACUCCCCAUCACUCCUGGAACAUACAACUAUAACACAAAACAAUUCAGUUUAGGCAACAUGUCUAAAAAUCUAGAGAUUAUCAAUUUGUCAUUUUUACUGGACCACGAAAGAGAAACCAUAUUGGGAGUACUGAAGAGAGAUGAAUACCUGAAAAAAAUUGAAGAUAAAAGGAUCAGGAAACUGCAGAAUGAGUUACUAGAGGUGAAACGGAAAGGCGGGCGGCAUCAACAACGCCAGCUUGAAAACAGCAGGGUCUGCAUUCGCUGUCAGAAAAAUUUGGGCUUAAUCUUUGAUAGAGGAGAUUUUUGCCCAACAUGUGGACUUAGAGUUUGCAGCCAAUGCCGUGUUGAAGGGAUGGGUGGCAAAUGGAAAUGCACAGUGUGUGAUAAAAUUGGGCAUCUUAGGAUAGUAACAGGAGAAUGGUUUUUUGAAGAGAGAUCAAAGCGCUUCAAACAAUCCAAGCUACUUGGAACAGAUGUUGUUAGACGGUCCCUCCUGCGCAAGCUCCCAGGUGAUUCCUCUGAACAGAUAGAAGGGAGGAAAACCAAAGAUGAAUUACCAGGGAACUCAGAAAACACCACAAAGCAAGAUGUGUUAUCUUCCUUGUCCAGUGGGACAAAAGUAGUCCUCAGUGGGCCCAGGAAAAUAGGCAAAAAAGUUUUCAAGGGAAUUUCUAAAGGAGAUGUUGCAAAUGUGAAAGCAGAAGAUGGAAGAAGCAUCAGCUCAGAUGCUGAUGCUCAAAGUAUGAAUGGUGCUGAGAGAGGCAGCAUUCUUUCACUAGAUGGCAAUGAUCUGGAGGAUAUAUCUGGUAGCCUGAAAAGGGGAGUGGAUUCUAGAAACCAUAGCAGUGCCUCUACUCCAGUUCGUCCAAGGUCACCAGCAUUGAGUACACGCAGCAUGACUGUUGACUACAGUAUGGAGCCUGGUUUAGAAAAUGGAACAUGUUUGUCUACAAGUGGAAGUAUACCUAGAGAAUUAGCAAAAAGGAAUCAGGGGAAAGUAUCUCGAACACCUUCAAUAGCAAUUUCAAGAACAUCUCUAUCAUCAGAUCGCAGUAGAUCUGAGAUAGAUCUCAGUGGGUCUUUUUCUGAAGGAAAUGAUGAUACUUUGAGUAUAAGAAGUAAAUCUGUACCUGGAGCAUUAGAUCAAGAGCUGGACUACCUAGGUGAGACAGAGGAAGAUAUUGAUUACAUUAUGGCCUCCAGUUCAUCAAAGAAGAGGGCCAAUUUGGCAAGUGGAUUGUCAACAAAUUCUCCAAGUUCUGAUAGAAAGUGGACCUAUUUAAAUGUUCCAGAAGCAGAUGGUGAUACAACUAGCAUUAAUAGUAUGAUGAGUGUAUAUAGUGAAACUGGGGACUAUGGAAACGUGAAGAUCAGCGGUGAAAUUUGUCUCCAGAUCAGCUACAGCUAUAAAACAGGUGCCCUCAACAUCCUUGUAAAAAAAUGCAAGAACUUGGCUGUGGUAGAUGAAAAGAAGCACAGAACAGAUCCCUACGUCAAAGCAUACCUUCUGCCGGACAAGUCUCGCCAAAGCAAGCGCAAGACAAAAAUCAAAAGUAACACCACUAAUCCAGAAUUCAAUGAAAUGCUGAAGUAUGUCAUCAGCCAUACGCAGCUUGAGACUCGAACUCUACAGCUUUCUGUCUGGCACUAUGAUAGAUUUGGGCAUAACAGCUUUCUUGGAGAAGUGGAGAUACCUUUGGACUCCUGGAACUUUGAAAAUCAGGCGGAUGAGUGGUUUGUGCUUCAGCCCAAGAUGGAGGUUGCAGCUGACACUGGUCUUCAGUAUAAAGGAGAAUUGGUAGUUAUCUUACGAUACACCCCCCCUGAGAGGAACCUAACACUUCCAUUAGAAGAGAUUCAAGGAAAGAAGAGUUCCAAGAAAGCAAGGAAGUCAAAUUCACAACUACUGUCAGGAGGUAUAUUAGAAGUUAUCAUCAAGGAAGCCAAGAAUUUAAUGGCGGUGAAGUCAGGAGGAACCUCUGACACAUUUGUGAAAGGAUACCUCCUUCCAGACAACAAUAAAGCUUCCAAACACAAAACCCAUGUAAUAAAAAAGAGUGUUAAUCCUCACUGGAACCAUACCUUCACUUUUAGUGGUCUGAAUCCAAGAGAUAUACACAAUGUUUGUGUAGAACUCACUGUUUGGGACAAGGAGUCCCUUUCCAGCAAUAUCUUCCUGGGAGGCGUUCGCUUGAAUACUGGAAGUGGGUUAAGUAAUGGCAAAGAAGUAGACUGGAUGGAUUCUCAGGGGGAAGAACAGCUUCUUUGGCAACAAAUGAUUGAUUGUUCUGGAGAUUCUGUGGAAGGUGUUUUAAUGCUGAGAUCUAGCAUGGGAAAACGCAGACUCUGAGAGAAAUGCUAUUUGCAUAGGAUUCACUCCAGGUGUCUUGUGUACACAGUAGUGCCAUGAACACAGACCUACAGUGGAGCACCUUCUGUAAUCAUUUGCACAUGUAAAAUAGAAAAGACAAAGACUUAUUCAACACUGGACUUUAAAGCUCCUGCAAUGAACUAUAAAAGCAUUUAGCACUUUCUAACAUAGACAUUUUGCCACUUUUUCUGGCUUGCCCAGCAAAAUUUGGCAAUGCCACUUGGGAGACUGGAUUUCUCAGGUACAAUUCAGUCACUGGAAUCAGAUCCUCUACAAUGCUUCAAUGAACAUAAUUUAAACAAUUCUUCUUAAGUUAAGAUGGUUUUAACAUGUAUUUUCUCUGAGUUAGGGCACUCAGAAUGAGCUAAGGGAUGAGGAGGGUUUCAGAUUUCAGGCAAGCUGCAAGAACAAUUAUUUGCUGUAAUUAUUUCCUACUCCCAUGUCCAAGCCCCUGCAGACUUAUUUCCAUUAAUGGUUCCCAGUUGUGGGCUUGCUAAUGAGCGAUUCAUGAACCUUUCUGUACCUGCUUGCAAGCAAAACUGCUGUGUGUGAGAUUUUUAGAGACCAGCAGCUAUUGCUGGAAUACAAAAUGACAAGAGCCUCCUAAAUAUCAUUAGUGGUGCACUGAAUCCACUGAAUGCUGGCAUUUGUUAUUUAAAAAAAACAUGGUUUGCAAUGUAACAAGCAAACCAGACAAAUAGUUGCUGUUAUGUUACAAUGUCUUAUUCUGAAGAUAACCAAGUUUAAUCCAUUGAGGACAAUAGCCGAGAUCCUAAAUUGCUAUAGCUCCCCACUCAUCAUCCCAGAGACUCGCAGUUUUGCUACAAUAGACACACCUACCUUGUCAUCCCUUAAGGUGUGAGUGUGAUCACAGAAUUGUAUGACUACUCCCUAUCCAGAUGCAGACUGAUAACACUUUUUGCAGAGAUCUGCCAGGAUCUUGGAAUGAUAUGAUCUGGGAGUAUCGGGCCAAGGAGCUCAGCCUGUCGGUUCAGUGGGGCUUUCAUAGUGAAACUGUGAACUGUGCUGGAGAGCAUUGGUCACUGCAGGUGAUGAAAGAAAAUAUGAGCCUCCACUAAAACCAAGAUAAAUGCAGCAGUAAGGUGGACUUAUAUUUGCUUGUGUUACAAACAGUCUGUGACAUUAUUGGAGGAGAACUCCAAUGGAAGGAUGUUCUAGUGUGGUGAUAAACUGCACUUACUGCCUCAUCACACUAGAGCAUGAAUCCACUUUAAAUCUCAUUUCUGCCUCCUGCAAAAUUCUGGGGUUUCUAGUUUGGUGAGGCCCAGCACCAAUCUGGCUGAGCUGUUUAAAGCCCCCUCCCUAAAGUGGAUUUAAAAUGGAUUUAAAGUGGAUCCAAGCUCUAGUAUGAUGAGGUCUAGUAUGAAGAGUUGUUUGUCCUAAUCAUUGCACUAAUUCUACCUCCCUAUUAUUUGAAAACAUGGAAUGAUCAAGUGUUCCUCUCCUCCUUAAAUCUUUCUAAAGAACUUGAAAACUGUAAUCAUUUCAGUAUCACUGCUCUCACCCCUUCCCUGAUUUUUCCUUCAUACUUUUUUAUUUGACUUGUCUUUUAUAUAGGCUGUAAAGUGCACUGCUACUUAAGGAAUGAAACACAGCGAGGAUCUGAAGUCCAGCCUUCACUUACCUAACUUCUUCAUUCAUAAAAAUACACUACACUUAGCCAUUAACCACCACUCCCAGACCUACUGCACAUCCACUGAAAUCCCCCAGACGCAUCUGGAUAUGUCCUCAUAGCUAGAUGUGAAGCAAUUACAUCAACCAGUGUUUUAUGGAGCUCUCAGUUGCUAAUGCAUCUGGCCACAAGGACACAACCAGAUGCUGCUGCAAUCCCACUCCUGGUCACUCUCUUCCAGGUAUGAAUGACCAUAGGUGGCAUGCUUCAACAACUAUAGGCAGUCCCUGAGUUACAAACAUCUGACUUAUAGAUGACUCAUAGUUAAGAGGGGUGAGACAACAGGAAGUGAGAGAAAUCCACCCAUAGGAAGGGAAAUUCACUCAGAAUUAUCAAGGAGAAAAGGUGUCUCCACUGAAGCUUUAUUACCAGUCCUUAUUUCCAUAACAUGUCAAAUUUUGCAAAAUCCAAUUACCACAGGGACAGAAAGUGAGCAUGGGCACAGACAGCAAAACAAACACUACAGGGGAGUUAACCCUUCCUUUUGCUAUAUCCAAAGCUCGCUCUCUCCCCCCUUUCUCCCCCCCCCCCUACACUGCCAGAUAAUCAUAUCAAAGCAGAAAAUCCACAUCUGAUUUGAACUGGAUUAGUUUAGUCUAUACUGCAAUAUAAUCCAGUUCAAAGCAGAUAAGUGGAUUUUAUACAGCUGUGUAGAAGCCCCCAUAGCUUACACUUAAAAAUGUACCUGUCCCACCUUACAAACAAAUUCCACUUAAGAACAAAUCUAUAGAACCAAUUUUGCUUGUAACUAAGAAGGGUAUGUACAUAAUAAGACCCUUAAAAUAUGAAUUAGGCAUAUUAACUAAUUCAUGCAUGGGCCAAAUUGGUAAAGUAUCAUUUUAAAAAAAAGGCUACUUGAAAAUAUUUUGUUAUUUCAAAAUAACACUGCCAAAUAGAAGCAAUAUGAAAAAUAGAAACACUACAGUAGUGAUAAGGAGGCUUCAUGAAUGCAGAUGAGUCUGUUUGCAAUGCGGAGCUGCCUUACCAGACAGCAGCUGCUGAUCAAUCCUGACUUAUUGGGGCCCCUUCUACGCUGCCUUAUAUCCCAGGAUCUGAUCCCAGGUUUAAACUGGAUUAUGUGAGUCUCCACUGCCAGAUAAUCUGGGAUAAGCAGAAAAUCUGCAAUGAGAUCCUGGGAUAUAGGGGCAGUGUGGAAGGGGCCUGGGCAGCAGCUGCUGUGAGGGCCCUUCUACACUGCCAUAUAACCCAAAAUGUCAAGGCAGAUAAUCCACAUUAUCUGCUUUGAAGUGGAUUAUCUGAGUCUACACUGCCAGAUAAUUCAGUUCAAAGCAAAUUAUCUCUAUUUUAUGCAGCUGUGUAGAAGGGGCCUGAGUUACAGGACUCUGUUUUCCAAUUUAUUAGAGCAAAUCACUCUCCAAUAAAAAGGAAUUGCAAAAGGAAUUUCGAUAAGGAUCCUUCUUCUCUGGGGCCAGAUACUGCUUGCGGGAGUAGAAUAGGAACAGGAAUCUGCCAAAUAGAACAGACCUAGGUGAUUGUGGAGAUUGAUGCCCAGCAAGUUGAGGGAUGGGCAGGGGCAUUGGGAUGGGAAUUCCACAUAGCAUAUGUAGCUAAGUAGCUGAUUUUGAAGCUUGGCCUAAAAAAUCAAUAGAUGUUUCAGGGAGAAUUAUAUAGAUCUAUUGGAGCUGAUAGCAUUGGAUCCAGACUUCGGGAUUUUGAGUUUGUAGUUGUGUGCCUUUAAGCCAUUUUUGACUUAUGAAGACCCUAAGGCAGUGGUUCUCAACCUGUGCAUCCCCAGGUGUUUUGGCCUACAACUCCUAGAAAUCCUAGCCAGUUCACCAGCUGUUAGGAUUUCUGGGAGUUGAAGGCCAAAACACCCGGGGACGCACAGGUUGAGAACCACUGCCCAAAGGUGAACCUUCACAAGGAUUUCUUGAUUGAAUUUGGUCAGUGGGGGCUUCUUUUUGCUUCCUCUGAAGUCAAGAGUGUGACUUGCCCAAGGUCACCCAGUGGGUUUCCAUAACUGAAUGGGGUCUCAGAUACCAGUCUCCUAAUGUCUUGGUCCAACACUCAAAACAGUACACCACACUGGCUAGACUCUUCUAAAUCAAUUGGAUGUAAGUUAGUCAUGGCUGCUUGUAGGUCCAUUGAUUCAAAAUGAUCUGCUCUAAGUAUGACUAAAUAUGGCUUUAGUAUUUCUGUAGACUGAAGCUAUAAAAGCCUUUGGCUUUGUAGUAUUGUGCCUAUAUGAGAGGAGUGUAUUUAAUAUAUUAACAUGGUAAAACACAGCAUGUGAAUCAGACUUCAUUUGUGAAGCAGUUUUUUUAGGGCAAGGAACUAAGUUAGAUGGAAGAUGAAGAGCAGUGAUUCAUAAAUAGCGUAACACCAGUAGCUUGGGACCACUUCAGUGUUCGAGAUGUGCUUGUUCCAUUUUUAUCCUGCAAUUCAUGCUGUAAAAUGGCCUUGAUACUUUGUGGUAAUUGACACUAUGAAAUAUCAGCAAUUCCCCACAAGAGGAGGUUUGUUGAUUGUGUAUGUGCAAGCACCAACCUAGAUAUUUUGUUUUGUUUGAUCUUCUUUUAAACAAAUACAGAGGACCAGUAAAGGUUAUUUGCUACAUAGCAGAUUUUUCCUUUUCAAAUGAUUCUGACAAUGUGCUGAUUCGUCAUGAUGUGUUCAGUAGUACUUUGAGUACUUUGUUUACUGUUCAGUAAUGUCUUGCUUAAACACCUUUGUUUUGCUAUACAAUAAAUCCCAGAAAUCUCAUUAUUGAUUCUAUCAUUUCAUCUAGAUCUGAUUAAGUGCAGAGUGCAGAUAGUGUGGCAAAUUUGAAAACAUUCCUCUGCAGUUAUUAUCAUAUUUUGGCAUAUUACCACAGAAACAAAUUACAGAAAUAAAAAACCCUGAUAUUUCUAAUACAACAAAUACAAUAAAAUGCUAAUUUGUCUAAAGAUGUUUUAAAACACUUUCAUUGGGUUGUUGUGAGUUUUCCGGGCUGUAUGGCAAUGUUCCAGAAGAAUUCAGCCUGGAAAACUCAUAGCAACCCAUUGCCUUCGACAACUUUCAACCUUUGCCUGUUUAGGUAAUCUUUUAAAAGUCUAAGGCCCAAUGAGUUUAAUAUUUAAAUGAAAGGUUUAACAAUUUAAUGUUCAAUUUUGAAACUGGUGGUAUUUCCAAGAUAUGCAAAACCUUUGUUUUGAUGAUGUUAGAAGUAGAAGAAAGUGGUGGCUGCAAUCCUAUGCCCACUUACUUGGAAGGAAAACUCUGCUUAUUUCUCACAGAAAAGGUAAAAAAAACCAAAAACUCCCACUAAUUUUUCCCCAAAACCUUUUAUUCUGGAAAAUUGGGGAAAAUUGAUUAUGGAGUAUUUUCUUUUGGAAUGAAGAAUAAAUAUGUUUAAUAUAACGUGCGCAAUUACUUUUUGCACAAAAUAAUUUGUAAAAAGUAUGUCAGAGGAAAGCUUUUAUGGAAGACUGCUACGAUAUCCGAUCAUGACAAUACCUGUUUCCAUUUUAUGAGAAUGAGUGUCUUAAAUGUGUCUUAAGAAUUAAUGGCGACAAAAUGUUCAUGGCAUCUUCUGUUUUUAUUUGGGGUUUUGCUGGUUCCAGAAAGAGGAUGAAAAAUUUCCUUAUUGUUCAGGUGACCUUUGAAGCUCUGUUUGUAACCAAAAAAUCAUUAAAAGUCCCAUUUAUACAUA